AUGCCGGCUAGGUUUCGUUCGGAAGCCACCGAACAGGCAAUUCGCGUCCCCGAGCAUGAUUCGGCACACUUCGCGGCGUUCCGCUCGAUAGGCCUAUGCCUGUGCCCACUAUAUGUACACUAA